UAAACCUAUUCCCAGGUUUAAUAGUUUUCUAAUGAAGGUACCCUCCCCAGACGGAUAACAUUUACAGUUGUUCUAAUGCUCCUUUGGGUCAAUCCCACUUCCCCAUAGAUAACAGUGCACAGAUGCUCGCUCCACUUUGGAAUUAGCAUGUUUGUCCAUGAGCCCUUUGCAUAAGUGCAAACACGAGUCGCUGUUCAACGAAGGCACCUGGUGCGGCAUGUCUUUGUUGACUCGCUUAGAUAGCAGCAGCUUAUCUUGCAUCGCCGGUGCUUUGGGAAGAUGAACCUCUCUGACGCGGAGGUCUGUUGCGCCUUCGAAUCGCCCAUCCUGGACCGGGUUUUGCCUCCGGUUCUGAUCCUGGAGUUCAUGUUUGGAUUGAUGGGCAACGUCUUGGCUCUGGGGAUGUUCGUCUUCUACAUGGACACGUGGAAGCCCAACUCCGUGUACCUCACCCACCUGGCCGUGGCCGACUCCAUCGUCCUGUUCUGCUUGCCCUUCAGAGCGGACUACUACCGGCGCGGGAAGGACUGGGUUUACGGCGACGUCCCGUGCCGGAUCCUCCUCUUCCUCCUGGCCGCCAACCGCGCGGCGGGGAUCUUCUUCCUCACGGCCGUGGCCGUCGACCGCUACUUCAAGAUCGUCCACCCGCGAAACCCCAUAAACGGCCUGGGCCUGGGCUACGCUCUGUGGGUCUCCCUCGGCCUUUGGGGGCUGAUUUUCCUGGCCACCGGAUAUCUUCUCGCCAACGAGCACUUUUACUACAACGGCAACCGCACCCAGUGUGAGAGUUUCAACAUCUGCAUGGGCUUCACCCCCCUGUCCACCUGGCACAACGCUUUUUACGUCAUCCAGUUUUUCCUGCCCACGGCCAUCGUGGCGUUCUGCACCGUCCGCAUCACCUGGCAGCUGAGGAACAGGACCCUGGACAAGUCGGGCAAGAUCAAGCGGGCCGUCCAGUUCGUCUCGGCCGUGGCUCUGAUCUUCGUCACCUGCUUCUUCCCCAGCACCGUGUCCCGCAUCGCCGUGUGGGUGCUGAAGGCGUGGUACGACGAGUGCGGACACUUCGAAAAGGCCAACCUGGCGUUCUACACGUCGGUGUGCUUCACCUACUUCAACAGCGUCCUCAACCCCGUCGUGUAUUACUUCUCCAGCCCGGCGUUCAGCGGGACCUUCAGGAAGGUGCUGAACAAACUGCUGGGGAGAAGCGAGGACAAAGAGCCAACGUCUGACAACAACAUCUCCACCGUUGACGGCGACAGAAUCUAAAGCCACCUGGUGCGCUGGUCGGCGGCGAUGGCUGACAUUUUAUAGCUGCAAUAAAAGGCAGAUAAGGUUAUGAACAAAGUAGUACGUUUGAUGUGUAGCUGAAUUGUGUGGUAAAUUUAAACAACCAGAAAGCGGCAGCAACGGCAGAUGGAUGUGGUAAGUAAUUCAUAGAAUUCCUGACGAUUCAAUUCAAAGUAAAGGCUGUUUUUUCUACUCCUGGGUGAAUGUCAUUUAUUCAGCACCAGUG